AUGGCAACUAAUCACCGAAUAUUUCUUCUGAAGCCUCUCUCUCAACUGCCUGAUUUUCGCGUCCACCCUUGCCGUGAACCCGAUCUUCGUAUUCUCCCGAGCCUUCGACCUCUCGUGUCUCCACAUUUGCCCGUCUUCAAUAUCCUUCUUAUAAUACUUAAUCUCCUGAAUCACGUGAUGGUCGAGCGGGUUAAACGACCUCUGGAAAGCAAUGUGCACAAAAUACGGCAAGUUGCACAACACAAGAACCCUAAAGGCAUUGACCUGAAGAGCAUACGAGAGCUCGCCAUAGACAAGGAGGAAGAAAUACCAGGUGACGACACUUCCCCAGACGAGAAUAUGUUGUAUCCAGGUGAAGUGGGACAUGGUAAGGGCAAUCUGGGAAUUUACGGCCCAGAUGACACAUGUCAUCAUGGCAGUCCCCACGGCAAUCAUGUCGGCCGUUUGGCCACCGGCUCGGAAAGCUUGGUCGUAAUAGAUUAUGAUGUUGAGGAAGAAGAUGAUGAGGGAUGUGUAGAGGCCAUUGGCCAUCCACCCGAAUAUCCUCUGCCAGUCGAAGAAGAGGUUCUUCGGGCCUUGCUGGUAAAGGGCCGGGAACUGCAUCAAUCGACAUCCUGUUCAAAGACUCCAAGAGAAAUGACCGGCAAUGACGUGAGAACAACAUUGAACAGCAGCAUGUACCAGUCAUCAUACACCGACUGCCCAGAAAAACCAGCAAAUGCCUCGAAAUAG